UUUCAGAAAUGCGAACUGAUCAUAAUCAGCUGUUGUUUCCAGAAGAUGAAGGGAGUUCAUCGAGUGAUGCUGAAGGUGAUGGACAGAAUGUGAAGGAGAAGGUGACAUUGAGGAAAACAGUGGGAUUUCGCUGUUCUGAAAAUGAGGAAGUUGAAAAAGAUGAUUUAUUUGUUCUGGAUACUGAUGGUACCAGUAAUAUCAAUAGCAGUAUUGUCAGUAAGCCAUUCUUUGCAGCAGAAUGCAGUACGGAAAAUAAAACACCGGUUGCCCAUUCAAUUUUAGAUGAGGCAACGAAAGAGCUGCUAUCAAAAAGCAUAAUAAAACCUGGUUUUGAAAAAUACCUCGGUGAAGCACAUGUGCCAAUAUCUUGGCGAGAAUUGAAGAGACAAAGAAAGGCGAAUCGAGAGCGCACGAAAGGUGAUGCCUGGUAUAACCUCCCGGCAUGUGAAAUGACCGAGGAAAGGAAACGUGAUCUGGAAAUUCUUCAGAUGAGAGGUUCUAUUGAUUCGAAAGCUCAUUACAGAAAGAAUGAUCGUUCCGUGUUACCGAAAUAUUUCCAGGUUGGCACUGUUAUUGAAACAAAAGCAGAUUUCUAUUCAUCUCGCGUCCCAAAGAAACAGCGUAAGAGGACAGUUGUUGAAGAACUUCUGGCGGACGCGGAUUUGCAGACUAAGCAGCGCAAAAAAUAUCAAGAAAUAAAGGCUCGAGAGGCGGUUACAAAACGUGGGGCUUUUCGACAUUCCUCUUAUCCAAAGAAAAGGAAAUUCAGAAAGAAUGCCAAAGUUUAGCUUGUAACUCUCUCUCUCUUGCUCUCCCUAUAUCUGUCUACGCUUAUUAUUUGGUUUUUGAGCAUUUACCGUCUUUAUAUGCGGAUAAAUCGGUGAUAAGUUUAAUUGUUAAUUUGUCCAUUCCUUUCGACAUAUUUGUUAAUUAUGUGCGAUUUACUAAGAAAUCUUUUCAUGCAUGGAUUUGUCAGAAAUCUUCC